AAAAACAACAUUAAAAUAAUAAAAAAAAAAAAAAUGGCGCGCCUUCUCUUCCGUCUUCUCGGAGAAUCCAACACUCCGUCUCCCGCGGCGGAUACCUCCACCGCCGCUUUGAAUUCCAGUCUCGUCAUCAUCCUCGCUGCUCUCCUCUGCGCCCUGAUCUGCCUUCUCGGUCUAAUCGCUGUUUCUCGAUGCGUCUGGCUCCGUCGUCUCGCCGCCGGUAACAGAUCCUCCUCCGGCGGUUCCGGUCAGUCUCCUCCGCCGGCGGCGAACAAAGGACUGAAGAAGAAAGUGCUCCAGUCUCUCCCGAAGCUUACUUUCUCGCCGGAAUCACCCUGGUCGGAGAAAUUCGCCGACUGCGCGAUCUGUCUAACGGAGUUCACCGCCGGCGACGAGCUCCGGGUCUUGCCGCAGUGCGGUCACGGAUUCCACUUGUCUUGCAUUGACACGUGGCUCGGGUCUCACUCGUCUUGCCCUUCCUGCCGUCAGAUCUUGGUGGCUGCUAGGUGUCAUAAGUGUGGCGGUUUGCCCGGUAGCUCUAGCUCCAGACCCGAACCCGAAAUCGUGAUCCGGAUUAAGCAAGGCGAAGAUGAUCAUAACUCCUCCUUGCCCUAAUUUCUUUUUUAGUUUCUUCGUGUGUUAGAUAUCUCCAUAAUUUAAAGCAGGUCAUUUUUAGUGGACACUGUUUAGUUACUCCCCUCAAUGUAUAAUUUGUAAAU